AUCACUGUUCCAGUGAUAGCAGUGAUUUUGGCUAGUUGAAUAGUUUCGACGGUCUCAGGUGCUCCGAGAGGCGGUAUCCCGUUUUAAUAUACCGCAGUUUUCGAGAUGUCCGUCACACUCGCGGACGCUGGUGCAGCUGCACGUGAUGAAACAACGGUCGAGAAACUAUGCGAGGAGGCAUACAGAGAGAAAAUUGCCGAACACUGGACGUGGAAUUACAUUUGGAAUAAUAUCAAAUGGAGUCAGUUUAUUCCCAUGGUAAUACUCAACGUCGGAUUGGUAGGAUCCCUGACGAUGUACGCCUUCGGACUACAUUCGAUACCCAUUAAACCGAUGACCGUUGCUUGGAUAUUCAUCGUCGGUUGUGGAGCAUUCGUUGGAACAACGGCAGGAGCACAUCGGCUCUGGUCUCACCGCUCGUACAAGGCAAAUCUCCCGUUGCGAAUACUGCUGAUGUUCCUCUACUCCGUUCUCGGAUUGUACACGAUCUACGACUGGGCAAGGGACCACAGAGUCCACCACAAGUACGUUGAGACGGACGCAGAUCCCCACAACGCUAAGCGGGGCUUCUGGUUCUCCCACAUGGGCUGGCUCUGCGUCCAUCGUCACCCGGAGUGUCUUCGCCGAGGGAGAGAGGUCGACAUGACCGACGUAAGGAACGACGGAGUCGCCAUGUUCCAGAGAAAAUACGGUACCAUUCUAAACAUCAUAUUCUGCUUCACAUUACCGACGAUAAUCCCGGUAAUAUAUUGGGGUGAAACUGUAAUGCAUGCUGUGCUGACUCAGGUUUUCAUACGCUACGUCCUGGGCGCACACUGCCUCUGGAGCAUAAACAGUUUCGCACAUCUUUGGGGCGAUCGACCUUACAACAGACUGAUAAACCCGGCUGAGAAUAUGUUGGUUUCGGUGCUGACGGGUGGCGAAGGAUCGCACAAUUAUCACCACACGUUCCCUUGGGACUACAAGGCCUCCGAGUUGCCCUACAUAAACUUCAACGCGGCAACGAUGUUCAUUGACGCGUUUGCCCAGAUCGGAUGGGCAUACGACCUGCGACAACCCUCGCCCGAACUUAUAGACAAAAUAGUUCAUAGAAUCGGCAAGAAGUCCACCGUUCCUGUGCAACACCAGCAGUACUGGUUAUUCAGGCACAUUUCCGAACUUGGCUCUCGUCUCAGGCUGUCGCUCAGAUCAUCAAACGGUUCCUCGGUCAGAUUUUCAUGAAAGUUCACCGCGACUUUCAUUUCUGCGAGACGAGACCACACCAACAAUAACUGUUGAGCUGUUUACCAAUGAGCGAAUGUAACGUAGAUACCUAUAUCAUUUAAUCAUAUGGACCUGAUAGAUAACGAAGUAGCAUAGAUGUAAUGUUUUUCCUGUUAUUGCUGUUACGUGUCCCGUGUAUGAUACUUUUGUACGUGUAUUAUUAAUCGUGAUCGCGGUAAAUGAAGGCUUACCUAACGUUUCAAGUAAAAUGGUGAAAAAUGUGUAGUUUCAACCGUAUCUACCAAACGAAUUGCGCUUUUCUCACAGUGUGUGCCUUCGUAAUAUUAAGUCUCAUCAUUUGCUAUUGUGAAACAUCGAUACAUGUAUUUAGCGGGAUACACUCGGAAUAAGAUGGGGAAAUACGAAUUUAUCACGUCUCCAUACCCCUCAUACAAUACCGAAUCAUUAUUUUUAGUUUCAUGUACGUGAGAAGCAAAAAUUGUAUCACGAAAAACUACAAUUCGUCAAUACUUGACCAAUAAAAAUAAGUCCGUUUUCAAAAUUUUAUGACUAUUCACCUCAGAUCACCCAUCCUCUUCGAUUGUAGAAUGAAUUUAAUGGCUCGCCUCCUAUUCACUCAUCAUCAGCCCAUUGUUGGAAGCAAAUAAAUUAUUUUUCCAUGA